AUGUUUGAUACAACAACCAUUCGACGCCGAGGGCUGUUCGGAAAAGUGUACAAUAGCAUUUUUGGACCGUCACCCAGUCCACUAAAUACCCAAACGCCAAUUGAGGAUGAAGAUCAUGUGACUGAAUAUAAUACCUAUUUGAAUAGUGAAGGACGAUAUUUAAAUGGAGACGACGACAUAGCCAUUGAUGACGAGUUUGAUGAUACCAGAAGCCGCAGGAGCUCGGCGAUUGCUCCUCCUAUGACGCCGUCACGUUUGGAUGACGAUUGGAAAAUCAGCGACACUCUAGAGAGAAUAAGGAUGAGCCGAGAACGCUGGCAGCGGAACGACCAGGUUCCUGGCGAGUUUCCAGAACCCAUUGCGGAGCCCGUUCAAGGAGGACUUGCUGAGCACAUAGAACAGAACAAUCAGCUCAUCAGCAAGCUGAUUCGUGAUUUUGAUUUGGUUACCGAAAAUGUCGAGUUGCAACAGCUGCGGACAGAAAAUGCCGAGCUGGCUUCGAAAUACAAAGCUUUACGCGAGGAGUUCAAACGCGAGCUUGAUGCCAACAAAGAAAUCUUCGAUGGGUACUACGAUCUGUACACUAAAUACAAUGAGACGAAAACAGAGCUCUCCAAGCUGAAGAAAGAUGCCAGCGACAGGAUUGGCGAGCUCGAGCUCGAAAAUCAGAGACUCAAGGUGGAAGCACGUUCCAGACGGCUCACGUCAGACGACCAAAAUCUUUACUACAAAAGCCAAUACGAAGAGAUCAAAAACGAGUUGCAACUCAAAAUCCAAGAGGAGAAAGCCAAUCAGCAGCGAAUACGAGAUCUGGAACUGCAACUACAUGAGCGAUCCCCAGCUAAACCAAGGGCUGUCACCUCAAACAUGCUAGACCAAGACUCCAUUCAGCUGCUGCGCGAACUAUAUGCCGAUAAGGAGGUUCCCAGUUCGGGCAUAGACUCUUGGAUUAGCCAACCGCGUAUCAAGCACGCAAGUUAG